AUGGCCGUACAUAUCUUGAUACUCGAAAUCCUGCAGACCAUUAUCGGUGUGCUUGGUAUGAUAGGCAAUGGGAUAGUGGCUGUGGUCAUCUACAAAGUGCCUUACAUGCACACCAUCACCGACGCCUUCAUCUUCAACCAGGCUGCGAUUGACUUUCUCGGGUCGCUCUUCCUCCUUCUGACUGCCAAUAUUCCGCGUCCUGACAGCUUUCCAGACACUCCUUGGUACCACUUUGUCUGCCACGUAUGGUACUCGCAGCUUUUCCUCUGGUCGUUCUUCACCUCGUCCACCAUCAACCUUCUCGCGCUGAUAUGCGAGCGCUACAUCGCGCUGGUCUUCCCGGCAAAGUACAUCAAGAUCUACACCAAGCGAGCAAUGGUUUUCAUGGUGGUUGCCGUGUGGCUCUUCGGGCCGUUGUCUCAGGGGCUGUACAUGGCAGUGGCGAACAAACUACAGGACGGCUACUGCUACACAAGCUCCUCUGUGAUUGCCAGGGCUUGGAGCAUCAUUCUCAUUGUUGUGACGUUUGUCCUGCCUUCUCUUGCAAUGAUGUUCGUCUUUGGCCACAUAUACAAGAAGCUGAGACGCACCAGAACAGACCACACAAAUGACAACACUACUACCUGGUCCGACGAGCAACUGCAGCCGGUGCAUCGCGCCCGUCACGUUGCCCUAAAGACCCUCCUCUUCGUCUUUGUCAGCUUCCUUGUUUGCUGGACUCUCAACCAGACCCUUUUCCUGAUGUUCAAUUUUGGCUGGGAUCUGGACUUUACCGGGCCCCUCUACCUUACCUCUUCGGUUCUCGUGUCAGCUAACUUGUGCGUGAACCCCGUCAUCUUUGCCUUCAAGUACAAACGGUUCAGACGGGCCUUGUCCUCCCUGAUUCACGGCACGCCACUCAGCGAGAAUCAAAAUCUUCAGCAGUCGGAAGCCAUCACUCAUGAAACUACAUUCGACGUGACCACACCCAUGAACUAA